AGCUAUCUUAUGUAUGUCUCCCGUUCACUCUUUUGUGGAGUACAGUGCGUUCACGAAGUGUCUGUAUACGUUUCCUUAUUAGCUUGUCGAUAAUUUGCUGGUUUCCCACUGACAACCUUCACAUUUAGCGAAAACCAGUUAUGAGUUUCCGCCUGCAUGCAUGCAUGCAUUAGGUCGGUAACCCUCACAUGCAGAUGUCAAUGUCGUGCAAGGUGCCUCGCAAAACAAUUCCAAACCUGCUGUUUCGCUCCGAUUCACUUGUCUGCCUAUGCUCCCAGCACACUCUCCGUCGCUUUCUACAUCUGUCAAAGCGCGCUCCGUUCAGCAAACUCCUCUCAACGCGGCGAAAUAAACAUUCUUCACGGCGAGCGAUCCACUCCAUUUCCACUCAGCUCCGCGAGAUCCCACUCGGACUCAGCCAACGGGGAAGCGCCCGUUUCACGGCAAGCACUCGUUCCCCGCCGCGAUUCCACUCAAACUCGACUCUUGGCAGACCCAAUUGGCCACUCUCUCGCUGUCACUUCUUCGCCGCGUGCUCCGACGACUCGCACGGCCGCCCCGAACGCGCCCCCCACAGCUCCGAGGAAAACUUCUUGCAGCAGUGCGAAAAGCGAAAAGCAGCAGCGCAGAACAGGAGUCAGCAGGAGGAAGCGACGGACACGGAUACGGACAUCGACGAUUUUCACACCAGCUUUCAAGUCAUUUCUCUGUUCUGCGGACGUCGCAAGAUGCUGGCGAAAAUGUCUGAGAUCCGCUCGGGCUCGCAUUGAAGGUCGCGCAAGUGUUGGCGUGCGAACUCGAUGUGAAAACUGUGAGGAAAACGCGGACGGCUCGUUUCGGAGUGGCAAGUGAAAAGUGAAAAACGAGGACGGGCAGCGCUCGGGAAACAUCCCUGCCUUUGUGAUCUGCGUCUUCGUCUUGGUCUCGGGCAGUGCAGUGUCGUGAGUGGCCUCGCAGCCCCACAGCCGCAGCAAGGAAAAGUGCCGUGGCCGCGGACUGCAAUUGGAAAAGCCCCGUGAAAAGUGUCGCCCGAAAAUCGGACGUCGCGCCUGUCGUCCGACAUCCGCGAAAAUUUUUUUGCCUGUUCCUUGUGGUGGUGGUGCUGCGCGACGAUUUCCAAGUGUUUGCUCCUCGCCCCUCGUUGCGACUCUGGCUGGGGGUGCUGGGAGCGAGCGUGCGUUUUGCGAUUGUGUGACCGACCGUCCUCGUCGCGGUCUCCCCAGUGUGAAUGUGUUUCCUUUUUGACGAAUUGCAGGUUUCAGUGUGUGAAAAGCAGAUUCUGCUCGCCUUCGUCCGAUCCGCGACUCCUCUCGGCGCAGGCACUCAGCCCCGAAAAGUCACGGACCUGUUUUGAGUGGCUGCAGCUGCAGAGCGUGGGGCACGGGAAACGGCCCGAGGUCCUCUAAUCUGACGGGCCGCUGCGCUAAGGACUCGUGGGAUUGCUUGACUGCUCGUUCACAAAACGCAGCGAAACGUGAAUCCUGUCCCUUGCCCGCGGACGGCGGAACAUCUGCUGAGCAGACGAAUUUCGACGACUAGCGCGCGUCCAGCUUUGCGCCGCGACGACUCCCAAGGAGCCUCCAGUAACCACCGCGUAGCCACCGUCUCAACGUCCCAACAACGGCAAAAUGUUCACCGGGAAACUGCACAUCAAAGUUUGCGAGGCCAAUGGACUGCGGCCGACGGACUUCCAGAAGCGCCACAACAUGACGUUCGGCAAGCCUGACGACCAGCCCAUCGACCCGUACGUCUCCAUCGACGUUGACGAGAAUCACUUAGAUCGUUCAACAACAAAGUCGAAAACAUUUGAUCCAGUUUGGAAUGAGCAAUUUAUACAUGAUAUUUUUAAUGCCAAAAAUUUAGGUCUUACAGUAUUUCACGAUUGUGCAUUGCCGCCUGACGAUUUUGUGGCGAAUUGCACAAUAGCGCUCGAAGAUGUUAUGCACCAGGAUAAUGCGUUACAAGACUUAUGGGUUGAUUUGGAACCCCAAGGAAAAAUUCACGUUAUCAUAGAAUUAAAAUCUCAAGAUCAAAAUAAUCCACUUCCGGAACCUGGAGCAAGUUCAUCGACCUCCACAAAAAAUGAAUUCAAAGAGCGGGCGGGCUUCAAUCGACGUCGCGGUGCCAUGCGACGUCGGGUUCAUCAGGUCAACGGGCAUAAAUUUAUGGCAACUUUUCUACGACAACCAACAUUUUGUUCACAUUGUCAAAAAUUUAUUUGGGGAAUUGUUGGUAAACAAGGCUAUCAAUGUCAAGUUUGUACGUGUGUUGUACAUAAAAGGUGUCACCAAUCUGUAGUCACAAAAUGUCCUGGAAUGCGCGAAGAGCAACAGCAAAAUCAAACAGGGCCAAUUCCAUCGGGCCAAAGGUUUAACGUUAAUGUUCCCCAUCGUUUUGUGGUCCAUAAUUACAAACGUUUUACAUUUUGUGAUCAUUGCGGUUCCUUACUGUACGGGUUAAUAAAACAAGGCCUGCAAUGUGAAGUGUGUUCGAUGAACGUGCAUAAACGCUGUCAAAAGAACGUAGCAAAUACAUGUGGCAUUAAUACACGACAAAUGGCCGAAAUUCUCAAUGAAUUGGGAAUAACGCCAGAUACACAGACAGCACGAAGGUCAAGGUAUUCUAAUCAAUCGACUAGUGAUCAAUUACCCGAACGACCAGAUAGCAAUGAAAUCGAACCGCAAAGUCGUAAUAACGAAAACAAUCAUCAACAGCUACCACAAUUGGAGCAGUUCAUUGAAAGUCGUGCCGGAAAACUAGGUUUAAACGAUUUUAAUUUUAUUAAAGUAUUGGGCAAAGGUUCAUUCGGUAAAGUUAUGUUGGCCGAGAAAAAGGGAACCGAUGAGAUCUAUGCCGUUAAAGUGCUAAAGAAAGAUGCAAUCAUUCAGGACGAUGAUGUUGAUUGCACAAUGACUGAAAAAAGAAUAUUGGCCCUGGCCGCAAAACAUCCGUUUUUGACGGCACUUCAUUCCUGCUUUCAAACACCUGAUCGGUUAUUUUUCGUAAUGGAAUAUGUGAAUGGUGGCGAUUUGAUGUUCCAAAUACAAAAAGCCCGGAGAUUUGAAGCAGCCCGUGCUGCAUUCUAUGCUGCCGAAGUAACAUUAGCGUUACAAUUUUUACAUUCACACGGUGUUAUUUACAGAGACUUAAAAUUGGAUAAUAUUUUAUUAGAUCAGGAAGGUCAUUGCAAAUUAGCCGAUUUUGGAAUGUGUAAGGAAGGAAUUAUUGAUGGCACAUUGACGACAACAUUUUGUGGGACCCCGGAUUACAUUGCACCAGAGAUAUUAAAAGAACAAGAAUAUGGAGCUUCGGUUGAUUGGUGGGCAUUAGGUGUUCUAAUGUAUGAAAUGAUGGCUGGUCAACCGCCGUUUGAAGCGGAUAAUGAAGACGAGCUGUUCGAUUCCAUUUUGCACGAUGAUGUUUUAUACCCUGUAUGGUUAUCCAGAGAAGCUGUAUCUAUACUCAAAGGAUUUUUAACAAAAAGCCCCAGUCAACGUUUAGGUUGUACUGGUGACGAAAAUGAAAUUCGUAGACAUCCAUUCUUCGCAAAACUAGAUUGGACAGAAUUAGAAAAUCGUAAUGUACGACCUCCAUUCCGGCCUAAAAUGAAAUGUCCACGCGAUGCUACAAACUUUGAUACUGAAUUUACUAAAGAAGAGCCAGUCCUAACACCAGUUCCAAAUGAUGUUAUUCGGUGUAUCAAUCAGGAAGAAUUUAGUGGGUUCUCGUUUGUUAAUACGGACUUCGGUCCCGAGCGCAAAGUCUAUUAAACUUAAGUCAUUAUAAUGUAGAAAAGAAAGCAAACAAACAAAGAAACACAAAAUAUAAAACAAGAUAUUUAAGUAAAAAAAAUUUGAAUAGAUAUGCAGAAAGUGAAGAAAUGAAACUAAAACCUACUUUAUUAAAUUAUUUAGAAUGCAUUAAAAUAUUGCGAAAACUAUUAUUAAAUAAUGAAACACCUGAACAACCGGAAAUUUAUUUUUUGCUAAGCAUAAUAUUUAUGAGUAUGAUAUAAGUGGUGAACACGACAAGUAUUCAGAGUAAUCUUUAUGCAGAAAAUGGUUUACAUUGAAACUAAAAUGAAAAUAUAUAUCUAUAUAAUUUAAAGUGUACCCUAGAUCAACAGCGAAAACGUAGUAAAAAGAAAGAAAAGCAAUUAGAGAAAACUAAAUUACAGAAACACAAAAUUAAAAGUAACCAUUUCGAAUAAUUUCGUCUUUUGUUCCACAAAAAAUGCGAAUAACAAGAACAAAAAAAAAUAUAAAAACAUAGCUAAAAGUAAAGUAUAAAAAUAAUAUACAAGAUAUAUUACAAAUAGUAAGAAAUUAAUCUAAUGAAAAGCAUACACCCUUUGGUAGCUUUUAAAAAAAUACCAAAUCUCAUUAAGUAGGUGCGGUACAGUGCGAAAUAGAAACGGGAGAAGAAAAAAAAAGUUUCGAAAAAUCACAAUUUUAAUUGCCGCGCUCACAACUUGUUUCAAUCAAAUUGAUUAUUCUAGAUUAUAUAAAAGAAAACGUAUCAAUCUCAAAUUUUAUUUUGAAAAAAAGUCGUAGACUGUGUAAACGUUAAAAUGUUUUUAAAACAUUCAAAUUUCAAUUGUUGAAUAUUUUUGAAUUUUGCACAAUUCUUUGUUUAUAUACAUGCGAUAUUUAUUAUUAUUAUUUUUUAUCUCCAUUUGCUGUGAUUAUUGCACAAAUAGUGUUGAUUUUAGAUGUUGCUUUAUUAUUUAUUUUUAACUAUAGAAAAUUAAUUAAAUUAUUGUAUGAGUUUUGUUGGUUAAGAUCCAUUAUUAUGUUAGUGAUGCUUUUGUAUGAUGAAAGAUAAAACAAAACUGUCUGUACUCAGUGUUUUUCCACCCAGUGAAAUUAUAUUGGGUUGAGAAAAAAGUAAUGUCGUAUUUGUGAUCGAAUUUUAACACUUAGAAUUAUCCGAUUUAAGUCAAAUAUGCGCCGUUUUGUUCGCAAACUUGUUGCCAUUUAGAAGACAACUCCAUUAUCCUCCUCUUAUAACAACCCCCCCCUCCUUAUUUGCAAAAAAACUCAGACAGCCAGUUUUCGCAAGUCUCUUUUCAGGCGAACUUAGUAGCACCAAGAGCGUUUUGCAUGGACCGGAAAAGAUGGUAAUCACUU